UUCUGCUGCUGCUUGUGACAAUUGUCUGUAAAAAAGAGGACCAUGAAGGGCUUCCUGAGAAAGUCUGUGAGCAGGAGAUGUACUUCCUUGAUUAUCACAGCUGCAGAGGAUAAGAUUCUGGUUGCAGACAAAUCUGGUGAUGUCUAUUCUUACUCAAUAACAGAACCCCAAGCAGAUGGAAAACUUGAGCUGGGUCACUUGUCUCUGCUGUUGGAUGUGACACUGAGUCCUGAUGACCAGUAUAUCCUAACUGCAGACAGAGAUGAGAAGAUCAGAGUCAGCUUGGCAAAGGCUCCUCAUAAUAUUGUAUCCUACUGUCUGGGACACAAAGAGUUUGUAAGCAAAAUACUUGUAAUACCCAACUAUCCUGAUCUGCUGUUGUCAGCUUCUGGGGACUUGACACUGAGACUUUGGGAGUACAAAAGCGGAGAAGAAGUGUACUGCUGUCAUCUAAGUAGCGUCUGUGGGCCUGAGACAACCAAAACUGACCAGAAAUACCCUGUGUCAAGAAUAACCUACUGCUGUCAAGGUGCUUAUGUUGCUGUUCUUUGUGAUGGUAUUCCCACAGUCUACAUCUUUCAGCUUGAUGCCAUUGCCCAGCAGCUAGUUUACAGACAGCAAAUCUCUUUGAAACAUAAAGUUUGGGACAUUGCAUUUGAGGAAACGGGAAAUCUAUGGAUUUUGGAGGAAGACAGUGAAGCUCCUCUUCAAUUGUACAGACCAUGUGAUGGACAGUGGAAGCCUGUAACUGAUGACGAAGGAUUACAGAAGAUGUCAAAACAUCUUCAGGACAACUGGACAGUGUUUGAAGGUUUUGUUGGUGCAGAGAGCCACUACAGCAGUCUCUACAAGGCUUCAUUUGAUAACAUGGCUGCCUACCUACAGAGGAAAGAGGAAAGGUUACAGCAGCAGAAAAAGAAAAGGCAGGAUCUGCAAUGUGGUUCAAAUGGACAAACAAAAAAGAUGAAGACUGAGGAAUCAUUGCUAUGACACUUGUUAGCUUGUAACUUUUGCCUUGCUGAGAACUGAUCUGACUGCAGACUGUUUUUAAAUGUAAAAUGAAUUACGGAAGGAGACUGGUUUAAACUUUUAUUCAGAUUCAGGUUUUCAGGUAGCCUGAUAUGAAAAGAUCCUGCUUGCAGCAGAUAAUGUGUUUACAAUAUGCUUAAGCUUCUAGCAGCAUACAGGUGUUAGUGGUUCAGUCCCAGGAAUCUCUAAGGCAUGAUAGAUGAAUAUUGGAAAUGGUAUUUUCCUUGAAACAGGAUUUUCUUUUUGCCUACUGUGUUCAGGCUUUCUUCUGCAGGUGGAAGUGC